UUUGUUGCUUCACUAAUCCAAUAAUGAUAGAUACCAACAUCACGCGAUGGACGCACGCUCCACUUUGUUGUGGUGCCUAAAAUAAUGAUUAAACAUUUUCUUUCUUCCGUAGACUAAUUCUUCACGUGAAGCAUAUAUGACCAGCUGAUUUAGUUUAAAGGCCCCCUUGCUCCCCCACCAAAAUCUGAAUGACUGAAUCCCAACUCAGCACCCACGUAACUUGGAAUAUAUAUUUCUCUGUCCCCCCGCCCCCUCGGUGGUACUUCCGUUGUAGCCGCCUUUGCUGACUUUUCUUCUCAGAACCUGACCUUUUGAGCCUAUAAAUUGCAUCAAAUAGAACACCUCAAGGUAACAAGCUAGCCAAAGCAAUUACUAAAAACUUCUCGUUAGCAAUAAUCCCAAAGCCAUCCUUCUUCUUUUUCUUCGUAUAGAUGGCAUUGCAGUCCUCUUUUCUUCGUAUAAGUAAUUGUUUCUUCACAAAAAUGGAGGGUGGUGGUGGUUGUAAGCAGACAUUUGCUUUAGUGUUUCUUUUGGUUGCCAUGGCAACUACAUUGGUGCAAGGGCAAGGCACCCGUGUUGGGUUCUAUUCACGUACAUGUCCCCGUGCUGAAUCAAUUAUUAGGUCAACAGUUCAAUCCCAUUUCCAGUCAAAUCCUACAAUUGCCCCUUGCUUGCUAAGGAUGCACUUCCAUGACUGUUUCGUUCAUGGCUGUGAUGCCUCUAUCCUCAUUGACGGCCCUAACACUGAGAAAAUUGCCCCUCCAAAUCUUUUGUUAAGAGGCUAUGAAGUUAUUGAUGAUACCAAGACACAACUGGAAGCAGUAUGCCCUGGAGUUGUCUCAUGUGCUGAUAUUCUUGCUCUUGCUGCCCGUGACUCCGUUGUUCUGACAAGUGGACGAAGCUGGCAGGUGCCUACUGGACGCAAAGAUGGGAGGGUCUCAUUGGCAUCGGAUACCUCUAAUUUGUCUGGUUUCAGGGAGUCCAUUGAUUCACAGAAGCAAAAGUUUGCUGCUUUGGGUCUCAACACACAGGACCUUGUCGCCCUUGUUGGAGGACACACCAUAGGGACUUCAGCUUGCCAGGUCUUCAGGUAUAGGCUAUACAACUUCACCGCCAAUGGCCCUGACCCAACAAUCGACUCAACAUUUGUCUCUCAACUAAAAUCACUCUGUCCUGAAAAUGGAGACGCCAGUAGGAGUGUCGACCUUGAUACUGGCAGCGGCAACAGAUUCGAUACAUCAUUCUUCACCAACUUGAGAAAUGGGCGUGGAAUACUAGAGUCUGACCAGAAGUUGUGGACAGAUGCCACAACAAGACCCAUCGUCCAACAAUUCUUGGGUGUCGGAGGGUUGCGAGCACAGAACUUUAAUGUGGAAUUUGGAAGGUCAAUGGUGAAGAUGAGUAACACUGGAGUGAAGAUAGGAACUGAAGGUGAAAUCCGCAGGGUUUGUUCUAAAAUAAACUAAUAAUAAUACUAUAUAGUUCAUAGUCAUCAUGUUAAAAUGACAUGGAUGUAAUAUUUUAAACUAUUUCCUUAUUAAUUAGCGUAAGCUUAUUAAUAAUAAAAAUGUUUGCUCCAA